AUGCUCCUCGUAGUGUCACUGUUGCCUCUGACCCUCGCAGUCGGGCCUCCAGCCGCACAGGCAGCUGCACGGGCAGCUUCACGGGCAGCCGGACGCGUGAAUCCGAAAGAAGGCUCACGGGGAAUGCCAAGACCAGCCCCUCGGGCAGCACCACGGGCAGCACCACGCCGACCAGUAGUAGCGCAAGCGGCCGCAACCACGAAAUGUGACCUCAAUCAAGGACGGUGGGUAUACGACCCCAAGUACAAGCCAGCGUACGGCCCGGUGAGCUGCAAGAACCUGCGAUCGUACUUCAACUGCCUCGCGAACGGGCGAAAAGAUCGCAGAUACCUCAACUACGUGUGGAAAAGCCCUGGCUGUAACAUCCAGAGGUUCAAUGCGACUUCGUUCAUGCAGCGGUUUCGCAACAAGGUGUUCUUGGUUACCGGCGACUCCUUCGCGACGAACUUCGACGCCUCGUUCCGCUGCCUCAUCGGCUCGUACACCAAAACCAAGGAUUUUACCAACAAGCUGUGGGGUAACACUGGGGUGAAAGCAUCGGGUUACUUCGCCAAAGCGUUCAACUUCACUGUAGUUCGCGUGCCUUCGAACUUCCUCGUCGCGUCGCAACCAAUCGGCGAGGUAUCGAGUGCAGGGGUGUGGCAAGUGGAUUUGGACAAAGUGGACGACAACUGGGCCAAGCUCUUGCCCUUCACCCACUAUGCACUCUUCAGCUCCGGCCACUGGUUCAGCCAGGCAUCCGACAAUCUCCGGAAAUACCGCCGGGGAGGGCAGCCAAUCAAGCCACAGUCCGCGCUGCUAACCAUGCAAGAGUCCCUCGUUACACUCACGAAGUUCGUGAAGGCGUCUGGUUACCGCGGCACGCCCUUCUUCAUCACGUUCACGGCCUUCCACUACUACAACUCAUUCGACGCCAAGUCGCAGAGCUGCGUCGGGUUCACCAGCCCGUUAAAGCCCAAGCAGCUGCAAUACGCCGAAGCCGCGACUGAUAUUAUCACAUCGAGAAAUGCGCAAAUGGCG